GCCGCUGCACUUUGGCAUCCCCGGAGCGCAGUCACGGUCUCUUGUUCAGACGCUUCUGCACCUGUCCAGGGGGCUGCGGACCAGUGGGAGCCGCGGGCUCCCCCGCUCCCCAGCCUUUCUCACUCCUGCGUGCUGUGUGACGCGCAGGUCCUUAGAAGCAACUGCAAGGGGUCUCCCCACCCAGACUACCAGGACCCCCAUUUCCGGAGAAUGGCCCAGAUGUCUCAAGUGCAGGAACUCUUCCAUGAGGCAGCCCAGCAGGAGGCCCUGGCCCAGCCCCAGCCCUGGUGGAAGAUCCAGCUGUUCAUAUGGGAACCAGUGCUGUUCGGGACCUGGGAUGGUGUGUUCACGUCCUGCAUGAUCAACAUUUUUGGGGUUGUCCUUUUCUUGAGGACUGGCUGGCUGGUGGGAAACACGGGAGUGCUCAUGGGUGUGUUUCUGGUGUCCUUCGUCGCCCUGGUGGCCCUGGUCACAGUGCUGUCCGGCAUCGGGGUUGGGGAGCACUGCGACGUGGGCACCGGCGGCGUCUACUCCAUGAUCGCGGCGGUCCUCGGCGGGCAGACCGGAGGCGCCAUCGGGCUGCUGUACGUGUUUGGACAGUGUGUUGCAGGUGCCAUGUACAUCACUGGCUUCGCUGAAUCCAUCUCAGACCUGCUGAGCCUCAGGAAUCUCUGGGCCGUGCGAGGAGUUUCAGUUGCGGUGCUUCUGGCCUUGCUGGGGAUUAACCUAGCAGGCGUCAAAUGGAUAAUCCGCCUCCAGCUGCUGCUGUUGCUUCUGCUGGCCGUGUCCACGCUGGACUUCGUGGUGGGCUCUUUCACACACCUGGACCCAGAACAUGGUUUUAUUGGAUAUUCACCAGAACUGCUGCGGAACAACACUCUGCCAGAUUACAGCCCCGGCGAGUCCUUUUUCACUGUCUUCGGGGUGUUCUUCCCAGCAGCUACAGGAGUCAUGGCCGGCUUCAACAUGGGGGGCGACCUCAGGGAACCUGCUGCCAGCAUCCCCCUGGGCUCCCUAGCAGCUGUUGGCAUCUCGUGGUUUCUGUACAUCGUCUUUGUCCUCCUGCUGGGCGCCAUCUGCACCCGAGGGGCCCUGCGCUAUGACUUCCUGAUAGCAGAAAAGGUGUCCCUGGUGGGCUUCCUGUUCCUUUUGGGCUUAUACAUCUCGUCCCUGGCCUCCUGUAUGGGAGGCCUGUACGGAGCACCCCGGAUCCUGCAGUGCAUUGCCCAGGAGAAAGUGAUUCCUGCGCUGGCCUGUCUGGGGCAAGGGAAAGGGCCAAGUAAAACACCCGUAGCUGCCAUCUGCCUGACCAGCUUGGUGACCAUGGCCUUUGUCCUUGUGGGUCAGGUAAACGUCCUGGCCCCCAUCGUCACCAUCAACUUCAUGCUGACAUACAUCGCGGUGGAUUACUCUUACUUCUCCCUGUCCAUGGGCGCCUGCAGCCUCCCACAGGUGCCUGAGUCGGUGCCCGGGGAGGGCCUGGGAGCUCCCCACUGCUCUGAGCACCUGCUCCUGGAGAAGGCUCCCAGCUGUGGCUCGGAGGGCGUUGCCUGGAACCUCUCUGAGGGCACUCUGCUAGAAUUCACCAAGGACAUGGAUCAGCUCCUCCAGCUAACCAGGAAGCUUGAGAGUAGCCAGCCCGGGGGAGGAGAGAGCCACGGGAUCCCAGAGAAUGAGAAGGGGAAGACCAAGAAGGCCACCAAGCAAACCCUCCAAGAGAGCUUCCUCUUGGACCGCAGGUCUCCUGCUUCCUUCCCUCCUGAAGGCUCUGACGGAUGGCCUACUGCCUCCUGGGAGGGGCAGGGGCCCCAUGGGAACAUGGCGAGUUCCAGAAGUGAAGGGGCUCGGCCUGGGGGAGCCUGCGGAGGGCAACUCAUCCCUGAGCCCAGUAAUCAGCCCAGGCCGAGUAGAGAAGAUUUCUUCCUCAAGUCCAGGCUCCAGGAACAAGAUAUCCAGAGGAGACCAACUUCUUUCUACACUAGCAUAUGCAACCCCUGGGUCUCCCUGUUGGGGGCUGUUGGGUCCCUUCUCAUCAUGUUUGUGAUCCAGUGGGUCUAUACCCUGGUUAACAUGGGUGUUGCUGCCAUUGUGUAUUUCUACAUUGGUUGGACCAGUUCCGGGCUUCAUCUUGGUUUAGCCUCCAACUUCAGCCUUUUCAGAUGGAUGAGGUCUCUUCUGAUCCCCUCCUACAGGAACCUGCGAUCCCCCCGAGAGCAGAUAAUUUUGGCGCCGUCCCUGGCUAGGGUUGACAUGGAGAUGACUCAGCUCACCCAGGAGAACGCAGACUUCGCCACCCGGGAUCGCUAUCACCACUCCUCCCUCGUGAGCCGGGAACAGCUGAUGAUGCCUCGGUACUAGAGUACUGAGUCGUCAGUACUCGGCAGCCUGGGACCCUCCCCUCGCGUAGCUGUCCAGGGUACAGUGGACCCAAAUCCCAGAACCUUUGUGAAGCUGGUUCUCCUCGGUAAGAAACUCAAAGACCUGUCCUCCCCCCGUCAUUUUGGAUGAUGGAAAUGUGCAUUCUGGUCUGGAGCACCGCGGCUAACCAGGGGACCCACUGCAAUGGCGGUGGCCCCUGAAACACGCCUCCAGUCUGAAGAGCUCCAUGUGGACACCAAGACUUGCAGGUGUCCAGACCAGAUUGCUUGUUCUGAGUGCCACAAUAAAUGGUUAUUUUAAAUUUUA